AAGACAUCUACACAAGUCUAAUAAAUAGUAUUCUACCAAUAUUGUCUCUUAUGUAUCAGAUUUAACUAUGAAUGUCAUUGUAGGGCUAUCCUACAGUGAACAGGGUGCUGCGCCUCGCGGGAUGAUCGAAUCGUGGAUACCCCAAGCUUCGGCUGCAACGGCCCUUAAAGUGGAGAACGGCAACGACUAAGCGAUCGGAACGUCCAAGCAUCUCUCACCGAAGCUACGUAACGUCUCCUAAAAUGAGAAGCCACUUUCUUUCUCUUUCUCUCUUUUAUAUCUCUCUUUUUCCUGCCAAGGGAGAGGUUUGCAGUGACUCACCGGUGUAAUGAUCUGUUCUUCGUGUCUUGCGUUUCUUGGCCUUCCAUGUGAUAUUUCUAUGCUCUGUAUAUAACCAGCCUCUCAAGCUUCUUUCACUCAUCUCUUAGGCGUCAUGGCAUCACUGAUGAUGAAGGAGUGCAACACCACUCCAGCCGAAACCAUGCUUCACGAUAUUCCCCCGACCGAACUGUCCGUCCCCGGGCCCGACUCGGUCACCCUCGCAAAGAAGCGCUCCAACUGGUCCUGCAUCGACGACAACCGCCUCCGAAACAAUCUCUUCGCUGCAGUCGGUUUUCUCGAACUCGCAAACGCAGGCGACUUUGCCGCCAACGUAUGGAACGACGUCCCGGUCCCGAUCUACGCCAUCGUCUUCAUGGCAAUCGGCGGAACAUCUGCUUUCGUCCUCUCAAUCUGCGCAUUUUUUGACUCGAGAAAGGCUUGGAGGAACGUUAAGUUCUUGCGACAGCAGAAACAAUAUCUUGAAACAGAGAAGGAGAAUCUACCUGCUGGGACUGAGUCAAGGGGUCUUGAUGUUUUUAUCGAGAUUACGACGAGAGAACUACGAAUUGAGAUUAUUAAUCGUUGGGCGAUGGAUUUGUUGAUGGGUGGCGGCGCGAUGUUGAUCAGCAUUGGUACAUACAUGGCUAUUGGCGGCGCAAACAGAAAGGUCUGGCAUGCGAGUAACAUCCUGUCCGGGUAUCUCGGCAACGCCCCCAUCGCUUUAUUCGGCCUCAUCAGUGCGAUUUGGGCUACAAUGGUGGUAUCCAAGAUGCGAUCGCACGUCACUGUCGCGAAGAAAGAGCUUCAAGGUUCAUCAUCGUUACCAUUAUUGAAGCAGAGAUGUUUCAACGUUCAACUGUUCUUCAUCCUCAAUGGUAUUGCCAAUGUUCUUGGUGGAGUUGGUUCCAUGAUUACGGCUGAGCGAUGGUGGGGUUAUUGCAUUCUUAUUCCUGUCAUCGUUACUUCCAUCUUCUGUAACGUCUGGUGGCGACACAGAGUUGGAUACGAUCGGCCUUGCAUAUCCGCUGUACCGCCGUUGAACAUGGAUAACAUCACUGAGGCACUGGAAUCGACUUCGCAACUACGACAUACCGUUCAAGACAGCGCUGGCGUCAGUCUUGACCAGAUCUUCGGAGAGGAGGUCACGUUACAGGAUGUCUUGGAGUUGUUUGUCGAGCAUGACCUAUUUGAGCAAUUCAGUCUCCGACUGGUGGCCAACAAAAAGCUUGGGCAUUUAUUCGUGAAGGCGCAUGAGGCUCGAGUGCAAGUCAGUGUCGCUACCAUCCUGGAUGUAUCAGAGGAACAUCAUCCACUCAUUCUGGGAGCCGCACUGCGAUUCUUGAAGAAGCAGGGACCAAGACACUUGUUGCACCGGGAAAGAUUCCUGAUUGAAGUCCUAGGAACCUACCUGAAUCAGGAGAAGAAGAGCCAGUCGGUGGAAGUCGAGAAAUGAGAGACUAGACUUUAUCUUGUGUGCUUUUCCAAUUCGUUUCUUUGGAAGUGGUGCGUCGUUGAUUCGAUGAUGUACACUUUAUAGCAGGUCUUGCAGGUCAAGCUGGACUUUUAGAAC